CCAACCGCGUGGCGGACGUGAACGAGAUGUGGAAGGAGCGGGAGCUGGAGCUUGCAGAAAGCCGGAGAGAGACACGCGGAGAUUCAGCCGAGCGACUGAUGACGCCCAGGGAUGCGAGGGGAGGAGGCAGCGAGAAGGAACAGAGGUUGGAUGGGACAUGCGAAUAUGACACUGGUAUAGGAGAUGCUGGGCACAGGGAGACGCUAAGGGGAAAAGAGCACAAGAAGAGGCCGAGGCAGGAUGAUGGAGAGGGAGUGGGUGUGGGCAGCUGGAGCGAUGCCGAUGCGGAGCAGAAGGGCAUUGACGACUCUGACCUUCUUACUUUCCUCAAGACUAAGGCCAAGAGAGGCAGAGGAGCCAUUGGAUCCAGGGCUGAUGCAUGGGGAUCGGAGCCACCUUCUGUACUCGCACCUGUGCAGGGAGGCACAGAGGAGGGAAGUGGAGCAGUGAGCAUGCUGCUGGCGCGAGUGAGGGAGGAGUGGGUGGACAGCGUGGUUGCUGGGAAAGGUAGAGGGCUAUCAGCCUCAUGGGCAGCUGCUGGCCCUGCUGCUUUUGCUGGUAGUGCUGAUGUUGCUGGUAAUGGUCAUGCUGCAGGUCGAGUUGGUGGUGCUUCUGCUGGAGGGGCAGAUGGCCGUUGGAUUCGAGGCGUUGCACUGGAUGAGUGGCCUCGUAGAACCGCUGCUGCCAUGCCGAACGUCGACUGUAGAAUGUACGAGGCGAAGUUUCCAGAGGUAGAGCAGGUGGUGAUGGUUCAAGUUAAGAACAUCGCCGAUAUGGGCGCGUACGUCUCGCUUCUUGAGUACAACAAUAUCGAGGGUAUGAUUCUCUUAUCGGAGCUGUCCCGUCGUCGCAUUCGCUCUAUAUCGAGUCUGAUCAAGGUCGGCCGGCAAGAGCCCGUCAUGGUGGUCCGCGUGGACAAGCAGAAGGGUUAUAUCGAUUUAUCGAAGCGGCGUGUAUCGGAGGAGGAGGUGGCGGCGUGCGAGGAGAAGUAUAACAAGUCCAAGAUGGUCCACAGCAUCAUGCGCCACGUGGCAGAGACGUCCGGCGUCGAUGUCGAGGAGCUAUACACGAACGUGACGUGGCCGCUGUACCGCAAAUACGGGCAUGCGUUCGAGGCGUUUAAGCUGGUGGUGACGGAUCCAGACGCGGUGCUGGGGGGGCUCACCAAGGAGAUCACGGAGAUAGGCGAAGAUGGCAAGGAGGUGAAGAGGGAGGUGCCAGCAAUGCCGGAAGACGUGAAGGCGAACCUGAUUGCCAACAUUCGCCGCAGAAUGACCCCGCAGCCCCUCAAGAUCCGAGCUGACAUCGAGCUCAAGUGCUUCCAUUAUGAUGGCGUGCUGCACAUCAAGGACGCCAUGCGCCGGGCGGAGCAGGAGAGCGAGGAGGACUGUGCAGUGCGCAUUGUGCUCGUGGCGCCGCCGCUUUACGUCCUCACCACCUUCACGCUCGCCAAGGACAAGGGCAUUGCAGUGUUGGAGCGGGCCAUCCGAGCAGCGAGUGAGGAGAUCGACAAGCACAAGGGCAAGCUCACAGUCAAAGAGGCUCCGCGCGCGGUGAGCGACCGCGAUGACCGGUUGCUGGCAGAGCACAUGCAGAAGCUGACAGAUGCCAACGCUGAGGUGGAUGGUGAUGUGGACAGCGAGGAUGAGGAUGAGGGCAUGGGCUCCGUUGACCUUGACAACGCCGAGAUCCUGCGGGAGAACAAGCGCACGGUGGACCGGUCGAUUCGGGGGCUGGAUGAGAUCCUGCGGGAGAACAAGCGCAUGCUGGACCGGUCGAUACGGGAGCUGGACCGCGAGCGGGCGCAGCUGCAGCAGCAGGAGAAGAAGCUCGUGGCUGACAUCAAGAAGUCGGCAAAGCAAGGGCAGAUGGGUGCGGUGCGGGUGAUGGCCAAGGAUCUGAUUCGCACGCGACAUCAGAUCACCAAGUUCUACGGGCUCAAAUCGCAGCUGCAGGGCGUGUCCCUUCGGAUACAGACCCUCAAGUCGACCCAGGCCAUGGCGGAUGCAAUGAAGGGGGUAACCAAGGCCAUGCGAUCCAUGAACAAACAGCUCAACCUGCCAGCUCUGCAAAAGGUGAUGCGGGAGUUUGAGAUGGCGAAUGAGCGCAUGGAGAUGACGUCAGAGGUGAUGGGCGACGCCAUAGAUGAUGCGAUGGAGGGCGAUGAGGAGGAGGAGGAGACGGAGGAGCUGAUCAACGAGGUGCUGGAUGAGAUCGGCAUCGACAUCAACCAGCAGCUCAUGAAUGCGCCAACACCAGCAGCCCCGCAGGCACAGACAACAGGCAAGGUGGCACAGGCAGAUGCAGUGGGUGCUGCCAUGCGACCAGCGACGCAGCAGGAAGAGGCGUUUCUCGAAAUGGAGGAGGAGAUCGAGGCACUCGGGAUUAUGAAUCUCGCGAACGAUCCACCGUCGAUUGAAGUUACCGAAGAAGUAGAGACAUUCAACCAAGAGGAAGAGUUGAGAAAGUGGAACGAAGCUCAGCUUCAGGACCGCCUGUGCAUGGAGGCGGAGGAGCACUUCGGGUUUGAGGAGGUGGCAGCAAGGCGGGCUCUGGAGGAGCUGUACCGGCCAUAUGAGAAGAACCUAGACUUCAUGCGCACAGUGCAGAACGGCGCUUUCCUGCUGGUGGACGAGCAGCGUGCGGAGCGGGCGAGCUACCGGGAGCUGGUGGUGCUGCGGCAUGCAACUGAGCGGCUGCUGCGUGUGGUGGACACGUCCAUGCACUCCGUCAUCCAGAGAGAGCGGCAUGCAGCACGCAGGGAGCUGGCAGCAGCGCAGAGGGCAAGGCGAGAGGCGGAGGUGAGGCAGCAGCAGUGCGGGCGGCUGGAGAGGGAGCUUGGCGAGGAGAGGAGCCAACAUGCUGCCGUUGCGGCUCUGCUGGAAGCGGAGAGGGAUCGCAGCACGUGCCGCAUCUGCUACACCAAGGAGCGAAAUGUGCUGCUUCUUCCCUGCA